UUUGUGCGCAGGCGACAUGGAAAGUAGCUGACAGUGCAACUAAAAGGGUAUCCACCUGAAGGAUAUUCACAGAGCAGUGAAUCUCGGAGGAUGAGCUAAUAAGGAAAAGCUGCUGACUAGUAGUCACGAGACCAGUAUAUACUCACGAGACUAGUACUUGGUCCCCGACUAAAUAACCUCAAAGUUAGUUUGACAGCGGCUCAAAUUCUGCAUCAAACUACCACCAGUAAUCCUUGGAGAAAUGGCGGACAUCCCAACUAAGAGUGGGCUAACCAGCCUAUACAAUGAACGUGUGGUGAACGUUGAGCGAAUGGAAAGGCCAAUGAGCAGCUCGGGCAAAGGUCUGCCUCUUGUUGUUCCACAUCAGGGAGUAAGAGUCACUACGGAGAGUGGGCAGCAGCAUUUGGUUCACAAGGGCUCGGGGUUUGGAAAGUCAAGUGAGACGGUCGUCACUGGCGCAGCCAACAUGUCCAGCAAUUGGCAGGUGAAGGAGACCAGAAGUGUCAGUGGUCAUACCGUCGGAGAUUUUGUGAAGACUGGCGGGACCAACUACAGUCUGGUCGGUGACAACUGCAUUCAUGGGGCCUCCAGAAUGACCGGGCUUGGCAACAAAUGAACUAAGGAUGAACACUGAAGUUGUGCAUGGACUACUCUUUAGCAUCAAACUAUAGUCAAACGAGCUAGUUCCCACUCACACAAACAUUUUAUAAAACGCUAACUUUGUUGGAAAACUCUGUGCUUCUGCCGAGAAUCCCAAUCCUGCCAGAAUUGAAGCUGCCCUGGAAGAAAAGUGAAUGCAUCAGAAAAAUGCUCCAUAGAUACACGGGCAAAAUUAUGCACAUAAACUAACAAGUUAUGAAAAAGCAUUAUAAUAGCAGUGGCUAACUGCAGUACUAGAGUUA